AUGAAUCGACGAGUUGUACGAUGGUCUCGUCGUAGUGGCACAACUGAAGGAGAAAUCCUCAUCAACAACAUCGCUUGUGCUGGAUUGGCUAUGGAUGAUCAGAGAUAUCUCUACAUCUCUGACACCGACAAACAUGAAGUAAGACGAUAUCAAAUAGGAGACAAGAAUGGAACUAUCGUGGCUGGUGGCAAUGGCGAAGGUGAUGGCCUCAAUCAACUGAACUAUCCGAUCUACAUCUUUGUCGAUCGACAACAGACUGUUUACGUGUCAGACAACAACAAUCAUCGUGUAAUGAAAUGGAAUAAAGGUGAACAAGAAGGAAUUAUCGUCGCUGGAGGUCAAGGCGAAGGAACUGCUCUAACACAAUUGGGAAGUCCUAACGGACUGUUCGUCGAUACAUUGGGUACCAUCUAUGUAGCAGACUUCGGAAAUAAUCGAGUGAUGCGUUGGCCUAAAGAAGCGAAACAGGGCACUGUCAUUGUGAGUGGAAAUGGUGAAGGAAUAGGAGCAAAUCAGUUCAGCGGUCUCCAGGGUUUGUCCUUCGAUCGACAUGGUAAUCUCUAUGUCGUCGAAUAUGGGAAUGAUCGUGUUCAACGAUUUUCAGUCGAAUAA